AAGACACACAAGUGUUCCGUAAGAGCUGACGUUUCUUUUUAAAUCUGUUGCGUCCCAUCUGACGCGAAAAUGAUAGCAAAAAUCCUAAUUCUCGCCACGGUCGCCGUGGCCCACGCCAGACACGUUAUAGUGGACGUAGAGGGGGCUUCAACGGCCAGCGAUCGUUGUCCAGCCCAGGGCCAUCACCUUCUACCCCACGAGUGGGACUGUACCAAGUUCUACUACUGCGAAUAUGGGCAGAAGUGGGUCACGCCGAGGGACUGUGCGCCUGGGACCGAGUUCUCAUAUGAAAUUCAGACUUGUGUGCAUCCGGACGAUGCGAACUGCCAACUAUCCAGAGUUCCUCCUUCUUCCGAAGAGAGCGAGGAGUCAGCGGAGACCGAAGCCCCAACUGAGGCCCCAACCACCACUGAGGCCCCAAUUCAAAGCACAGAAGCAGCUACUGUAGGACCCGUCAUUACCACUGAGGCCCCAAUCCUAAGCACAGAGGCAGCUACUGUAGGACCCGUCAUUACCACUGAGGCCCCAAUUCAAAGCACAGAGGCAGCUACUGUAGGACCCGUCAUUACCACUGAGGCCCCAAUCCAAAGCACAGAGGCAGCUACUGUAGGACCCGUCAUCACCACUGAGGCCCCAAUCCAAAGCACAGAGGCAGCUACUGUAGGACCCGUCAUCACCACUGAGGCUCCAAUCCCAAGCACAGAGGCAGCUACUGUAGGACCCGUCAUCACCACUGAGGCACCAAUCCAAAGCACAGAGGCAGCUACUGUAGGCCCCGUCAUCACCACUGAGGCCCCAAUCCCAAGCACAGAGGCAGCUACUGUAGGACCCGUCAUCACCACUGAGGCUCCAAUCCAAAGCACAGAAGCAGCUACUGUAGGACCCGCCAUAACCACUGAGGCCGCCACUGAGGCAACAACUGAGGCCGCAACAGAGGCCCCUGAAUUAGAACUACUUCCCAACGGUUGCCCAGUAGACUUUGACGUCCAUCAACUGCUGCCGCAUGAGACGCGUUGUGACAAGUUUUACUACUGUGUGUUUGGGGAAAAACUCGUCAGGGAUUGCCCACCUAACACUGCUUUCAACCCUGAUAUACAGUCAUCUACACUCAACUGGCUUAAGGAGCCAUUUGAGGGUAGAUUUUGUUUACUUUUAUUUAAAUACCUAAAGAUACAGACUACAAUUAAUAACUUUCCCCAGGUCUGCGACGAUCCCGCGAACGUAGACUGCGUUAACGCCUCCGAAUCCUCAGAGAUUUCGGACGAAGGCCCAGGAUCCUCAGAAAUUACAGUAGAAUCCUCAGAAGAAGAUCUCGAAGGCAGCGGAGAGGUCGACAUAGAAGUUGAGGAACUCCUUCCCAACGGAUGCCCUGCGGACUUCGAUGUUCACAAGCUCCUGCCUCAUGAGAGUGACUGUGCCAAGUUCUACUACUGCGUGUUUGGAGAGACCGUCGUGAGGGAAUGCGCGCCGGGGACGCUGUUCAAUGCUGAGUUAGAGGUAUGCGACAGGCCAGAGAAUGUUGUAUGUGCCAACGCUGUCAGCGAUGAAAACGAAUCUAAUGAAAGCGCUGAGAAUGAAAACAACAACGAAAGUGAAGGAAAUAGUGAAGAAAGUGACGGAAAUAGUGAAGAAAGUGACAUCCUAGAGAAUGGAUGCCCUGCUGACUUCGAUAUCCAUCAACUGUUGCCACAUGAAAGUGACUGUACCAAGUUCUACUACUGCGUGUUUGGUGAGAAGGUCGAGAGGGAGUGUGACCCUAACACUCACUUCAACCCUACUCUACAGGUGUGCGACUGGCCACAAAACGCUGGAUGUGCCAAUGCAGGCAGCAAUGAAAACGAAUCUACCGGCAGCGCUGAGAAUGGAAACAGCGAAGAAACCAGUGAGGAAACUGGAGCCAGUAAUGAAAAUGGUAGCAGUGAAGAAACUAAGAACAGUAGCGAAGAAGCCACUACUACCGCCGCCCCUGAAACUGACGCUACCACUCCUGAAACUGACGCUACCACCCCUGAAACUGACGCUACCACAUCUGCACCCAUAACUUUGCCUACUGAAGCACCAGAAGUAGAAUUGCUGCCUAACGGAUGCCCUGCUGACUUCGAUGUCCAUCAGCUCUUACCUCAUGAGAGUGACUGUGCCAAGUUCUACUACUGUGUAUUCGGAGAGAAGGUCGAGAGGGAUUGUGCCCCUGGGACUAAUUUCAACCCCACUUUACAGGUGUGCGACAGGCCAGAAAACGCUGGAUGUGCCAACGCCGAUAGCGGUGAAAACGAAUCUACUGGAAGCGCUGAGAAUGGAAGCAACGAGGAAAACGGAAACAGCAACGAAGACAAUGAAAACGGCAAUAGCAACGAAGACAAUGAAAACGGCAAUAGCAACGAAGACAAUGAAAAUGGCAAUAGCAACGAAAACAACGGAAGUAGUGGAGAAAGCGACAUUUUACCCAACGGAUGCCCCGCCGACUUCGAUGUUCACACGCUCUUGCCUCACGAAUAUGAAUGUGGAAAAUUCUACUACUGUGUAUUUGGACAAAAGGUUGAGAGGGACUGUGCGCCUGGAACACAUUUCAAUCCUACUUUACAGGUUUGCGACUUACCCGAAAAUGUUUUAUGCGUGGGCAAAGCCGGCUCUAGCGUUGAGUCUUCCAGUGAAGAGUCCUCCUCUGAAGAAGUAGGCCCCAUCCUACCCAACGGAUGUCCUUCAGACUUCGAUGUUCACCAACUGUUGCCACAUGAAAGCGAUUGUGCCAAGUUCUACUACUGUGUAUUUGGUGAGAAGGUCGAGAGAGAUUGUGCCCCUGGAACUAAUUUCAGCCCUACAUUACAGGUAUGCGUCAUGCCAGAAGACGCUGGGUGUGCCAACGCUGGCAGCAAUGAAAACGAAUCUGCCGGAAGUGCUGAGAACGGCAACAGCCAAGAAACCAGUGAAGAAAGUGAAGCCAGCAAUGAAAAUGGUAGCAGUGAAGAUGCUAACAGCAGCGAAGAAGCCACUACUACCGCCGCCCCUGAAACUGACGCUACCACAUCUGCACCCAUAACUUUGCCUACUGACGCACCAGAAACAGAAGCCACUACUACCGCCGCCCCUGAAACUGACGCUACCACUGCUGCACCCAUAACUUUGCCUACUGAAGCACCAGAAAUAGAAUUGCUGCCUAACGGAUGCCCUGCGGACUUCAAUGUCCAUCAACUCUUACCUCAUGAGAGUGACUGUGCCAAGUUCUACUACUGUGUGUUUGGAGACAAGGUCGAGAGGGAUUGUGCCCCUGGAACACAUUUCAACCCUACUUUACAGGUGUGCGACAAUCCUGAAAACGCUGGAUGUGCCAACGCCGACAGCGGUGAAAACGAAUCUACUGGAAGCUCUGAGAAUGGAAACAGCGACAGCAACGAGGAUAAUGGAAACAGCAAUGAUAGCAACGGAAACAGCGAAGAAAACAACGAAAGUAGCGAAGAAAGCGGCAUUUUACCCAACGGAUGCCCCGCCGACUUUGACGUACACCAAUUGUUGCCACAUGAAGAUAACUGUGCCAAGUUCUACUACUGUGUGUUCGGUGAGAAGGUCGAGAGAGAUUGUGCCCCUGGAACGCAUUUCAGCGCUGCUGACCAGGUAUGCGUCAGGCCAGAAGACGCUGGAUGUGCCAACGCCGACAGCGGUGAAAACGAAUCUACUGGAAGCUCUGAGAAUGGAAACAGCGACAGCAACGAGGAUAAUGGAAACAGCAAUGAUAGCAACGGAAACAGCGAAGAAAACAACGAAAGUAGCGAAGAAAGCGGCAUUUUACCCAACGGAUGCCCCGCCGACUUUGACGUCCACCAACUGUUGCCACAUGAAGAUAACUGUGCCAAGUUCUACUACUGUGUGUUUGGAGAAAAGGUCGAGAGGGAUUGUGCCCCUGGGACUCAUUUCAACCCUACAUUACAGGUGUGCGACAGGCCAGAAAAUGCUGGAUGUGCCAAUGCCGGCAGCGAAGAAUCUGGUGACAGCGCCGAGAAUGGAAGCCAAGAAAGUGAGGGAAGUGGAGACAGCAAUGAAAACAACAGCGCAGAAAGCGGCUCUGGCGACAGCGCCGAAAAUGGAAGCCAAGAAGCUAGCAACGAAAAUGAUAGCGAAGAAAAUGGAAGCCAAGAGGCCAGCAAUGUAAGCCAAGAAUCUGGUGCUAGCGAAAGCGCUGAAAAUGGCAGUCAAGAGUCAGACAAAUGUAAGACCUCUUGCAACGUAGCUGCAUGGGCUCACGAACACGAUUGCGAUAAAUUCUGGCGGUGUGACGGAGAAAAUGCGGUCUUAGGCACAUGCUCUGAAGGUCUACAUUUCAAUGUACAGACUCAGACUUGCGAUUUCAUAUGCAACGCUGGCUGCGUGAGAGAUGAUGUCCAAAGUACGCCGGAGAAAGAAGGAUUGAAAUUGUUCCUGCCUUGGGAUAAGGUUGAUAAUACUAUCAGAAAAUUAUAUCUUGGACAGAAGUAACUGAAGCUUUACAGUUUAGUUAAGAUGUCAGGAUAACUCAUAUCUAAA